AUGACAAUCUUACCUACGAAUAUAUCUUUCAAUACAACUCAAACUGAACAAAUAUUUGCAUAUGAUACAAAUGGUGCUAUAAUAUAUGUAAUUGGAGUUAUAGUAUGGUAUGCUAUUGGAUUUGGUCUUAUACUUAUUGAUGAUAUUAAUCCUCAACCAAAUCAUUCUGGUUUACGUAAACAUGUAAGUUUCUAUGAAACAGUUACUGAUUUACAUGAACAACAAAUGCGAAAUGAGAUAUUAGUUGAACUAAAAGAUAAAGAUAGACGAGCAAAAUUAUGGCAAAUUUAUUAUGGUACAGAAAAGAGUCAUCCAGUAAUGAUACAAAAAGAUAUUGAAGCUAUUGAAUUAAUAACAAAACAAUUAGAUGAAUUAAAUGAACGACGUCGAUUACUUCGAUAUACGUUGAACGAAAUAAGUGUUGAAGAACCAGAUGCAGUACAUAUUCAUGAUGACAGUGAUUCUGAAAGUGUUCAAGAUUUUCAAAUGAUAAAUCAAAAGAAAGCAAAUGAACGUUUAAAAUCAUAUUUUAAAUAA